AGAGUGUGUCUGCCUGCGAUGCCUGCCGUUUCGCGAAAACUAACGAAGACUACCGUCUGCAUCCCGCCGUGAUACUGACUAGAAGACUCUAUGCAACAUGCCACCAGAUAGGCCAGAUGCAUCGGGUAUCGAAACUGACAUAGAACUGAUCUCGUCUCAGGAUUAUAAUUUUGGUGAGAACGUCACGAUGAACGAUAAGGAAAAGGAGAACGCCAGCAUGCUGGCCGACUCGAACUCAACCAACGAUUGUCAAAGCGAAAUUCCUAAAUGGGAGAAGGCUAUGGAGAAGAACAAUCAGUCGGACGACGAGCUAACAUCUCUCAGUUGGCUGCAUCAGCAGAAUUUACUUAAAGGUUUGGACAUUUCGAACCCCACCAAAAUCAUAAAGCACGAGAAUAUGCUGAACAAUAAUAUCUGCGACGAUAUGGCAGACUUUUCUGAAAACACAAAUUCUGUAUCAAGCUUAGAUGAUAGUUUCUGUCCAGAGAAUAAUGGAAAAACAAACACGACAUUGAAUGGGAAUGGACAAAACUAUCAGCAUCCCGUCAAAAAUUAUCAAAAACCUACGCAAAUAUUUCAAGAAUCUGCGAAAAGUUAUUACAAUAUUUCGCCAAGUAAUCAAACGAAGAUUUCUUUGAGCAACAAUAAUUUGCCAAUGUCUAAUCGCAACAAGCAUCCUACCCAUAUACCAUAUGAUCCUCAUUUACACAGAAAUAGCAAACCACCGUAUUCAUUCUCCUGCCUCAUAUUUAUGGCUAUUGAAGAUAGUCCCGUAAAAGCGCUACCUGUGAAGGAGGUUUAUGCGUGGAUCUUGGAACACUUUCCAUACUUUAGGAACGCCCCGACUGGAUGGAAAAAUUCUGUCAGACACAAUUUAAGUCUCAACAAGUGCUUUCGGAAGGUGGAAAAAGCUCCGAAUUUAGGAAAAGGAUCAUUGUGGAUGGUAGAUGCACAAUACCGCCCAAAUCUGAUUCAAGCGUUGUCUCGCGCUCCUUUUCCUCCCCCUACAACUCAAAAUUUGUCUUCAUCGGAAAAGGUGCCUAGAAAAUGCAUAAAUACACGUCUCCCAGAUCCGGUUCUUUUUCCAUACCUAUCCAAAAGACUGGCGUCUAGCAAUAUUAAUGAUAGUGCAGAAACCGAGAUAGAUAGCGAUGUUGACGCAGCAGCUGCCGCUAUGCUUUCCUUCAAGCAUGGACCUAUCAUUCUGAAUCAUAAUAAAGAUCGUAAACGAAAAUUGCCGGAAGCGGAAAAGUUGGUGCCUGUAAUUACCAGGAGUUCCAGCGAGGACCAUACUUAUAGCUGUAUCGCCUCGAUAAAAUUAGGAAGCAAACAUUCAAAUGAGGAAGAACUAAAUCCAGAUUUUGAUGAACAAAGAAAAAUUGCAGAAGGUGCGGAUGCACUUUUGAAUCUGGCUGGUGUUAGUACAGCGCUAAAUUACAGUAGAACACAUCAUUUAACACAAGGUAUUAACACGGCGUCUAAAUCGGACGUUAUUGUGAAAUCAAAAAAACGUUCUACUACGAGUGAUUACUCGAGUACGUCUGAAAAGAGACGUAAAAGAUGGCGGGACUGGGGAGAGGAAAAUCGAUACCUAAAACAAAUUAGGGGUUAACGUAGACACAUUUUGUUACAUUUUUGGAAAAGUGUACAUUAUCGAAAGCUUUCCACUUAUGCGCGAGUCAGGAAAGCGAUUGAGAAUUUACUAUCUAGUAACAGGAAGGUACUUUCAUUUUAUAGAAUAUUAUCAGUAAAUUCCUUGUUCAUUUCUAUAAACACGUUUAGAAUCAACUUUUGCGGAAAUUUUAUUAUUCGAGUUUCUCGUCGAUAACACACAAAAAACGCGCAUGUAAAUUCUUCCAUAACUUCUAGUUGUGCUAGUAAAAAAAGAGGGUUGUUGGAUGCAUUUCGAAUACAUUGGUGUGGUUGC